AUGACCGCAGACACCGUGGUGGGAAGGAGGGUGAACUACGGCGGCGGCGAGAGUGGUCUUCUUGGGGCCGGAAGCAGCGGUGGGUACCGACAUCAUCUGGAGGUGCAACCAGCGGCGACGGCCAAUCAGAGCAAGAAGAACGGCGGCUCCAAGAGGGCUAAGAAGAGCAAGGAGAGCAAGAAGGCCGGGCGUGCCAAGAAGUCUAAGAAGAGCAAGGUCAGGGCUAACAAGGGAGGCGGCCGCAGGCUACAACAAGCGUCCACCGACGGCGCCCUGCUGCCGGCGUGCGCUAGCCUGUUCGUUCCUACGGGGGCCGGGGACGAACUGACCGGCACGUACGACUUCCAGGGCCACUACAGCGACCGGAGGCCGGUCUACGCCGCCGCAAACGGCAACAAGUUCUUCGCGAAAGACGAGGAGGGGGUGCCUACCACGUGGUACGUCACCCAGGCGUCGCCCAAUUCCACGUUCUUCCUGUCCCUCGAAUCGGCCGUUUUCGAGCCGGCCGACCUGGAGGACCUGCAGCCCUGGGUCAGGAACAACGACCCCACCUGCAGGUCGUGCAUCUCGAAGCUCAGCAUGUCGUGCUCAGCCUUGACCGCCGACGCAAUCCCCACGGCGCCGGAGACCACCACCCCAGCGCCCAAUGACCCGGUCCCCUCUUCGCCUGCGGAGAACGAGAACUUGACGAUGUCCACCGCGGAGACCGUCGUCCCCCCGGCAACAACGCCGGCACCUACCGAUCUCCCCCCGGACACGACGAUGGCCGACACGUCCGCGGUCGGCGGCUGCGCGAACCUCAAGAUCAACAACGGCGAGGACCGGGCGGGCGUCUACUCCCUCAGCGACGUCGACGGCGAGGGCGGGGUCGUCUUCCGGAACGGUAGGCCGAGCUACGCCGCCGUCGGCGCCAACCGGACGGACGUCGUCUUCUCCACCAUGAUGAACGUUUGCGCGUCCGGGUACGGCGUGGUGGACGCCGACUGGGCCAACCACGUGGGGUACCUGCCCCCGACCUCCACUGUGAACGCCGUCUUCCUCAUGUACGUGGCCGAGAACGUCGGCGUGGACACCGCCGACGACGCCGCCGCCGCCAUCGCCACCGCCGCCGCCUCCUCUGACAACGACGGCUGCGAGGUGCCCGUCUGGCUCCUGGUCGCGGACGGCGCCGAGAGCCUCGAUGCCGCGGGGGAGAACACGUUCCUGUCGGUGUCCGGGGUCGACGACCCUUCCGAGGCGACCUCGUGGGCCAAGUUCACGCCGGCGACGAGCACCACGCGCCCGACCCUCGAGGAGAACUUCUGGAUCGACGUCGGCUGCGCGGCUGCUGGCGAGGUGGAGGAGGCGUCGGCAGCAGCAGUGGCCACGGGAUACGGUGGAGAGGAAGAGCAGGGUACUGCUAGCCUGUGGAGUAACUCUACCGCGCUGGUGCCGGUAGGGUGGGAGCCCAACGCUCGCUGGCUGUCGACCAUGCUCGCUUUGUGAAAUGCGGAUCGUGGGUGGGUGCAGUCUUGUUUUACGCCCGGCGUUGGGUGGAGUGAAGGAUCAAUGUAGAGGUGAUGCGAUUCGCGUGCGUUUGUCGUGUUUUUCGUGUUGUUAAAAUGUGUGUGGGGAUUUUUACUCGGCUUGGUCUUGGUUUGGUUGAGAAAAUGCAGCCCGUAUCGUUCCAUCCAAUGUGUUGCGGUCGUCUGGCGUUGUUCGUUGAUUGAUGUUACUAUCCAUUUCGGUGUGUCUAUUUCUGUGCACGAUGCGUGGGUUAGUUUUUGUCUUGGCGAGAAAGGAGGAUUGUAACAGCUGUUUUCUCCUGGGCGUCUUGAUAUGCCCUCCUCGGCUCUUGCUUAAGAAAAAAGCAGCGGCAGCAGCACUAGUAGUAGUACAUAUACCGUUCCUCGUGCUUUCUUGCAAAAGGACCAGUGCUUUCUUUAAUCGAUCUGGGCUUGCUUUUUUAUUAGGUCUUGAAUUUAUUGCUUUGGGUGCCGUGAGUUUGGUAUCCGCAGUUAGUUGCGGUGUUUGCUUGCUUGUCGGUGUAUGGCGACGGUGUUGCUUUGUAUCCGAUGCUCUUGCAAGGGGGGCGGUUUUCACGUUGGGCCGCCUUAGAAACAAGGUGCGUGCGGGGCGGGCUUGCAUUGUUUGAAAAUGCAUGUGUUUUGAUGUGGUUGGUUGUGGCUACGUGAGCGUAGCUCUUUUGAUGAGAGUACAUUCUUGCGGCAUCAAUUUGUCGCCGGGCUCCGCUUCACGGUAGCCCGAAACGAUGAGAGAGAACGGUUAAUAAAAAACAUUGAAAUAACAUUUUUUUGACGUCCGUCAUCAUUGCCCCAUGAAGUUAUUGCAAUCGAGGCCGAUGAGGGGCCUUUGCUCGAUUUCUUGGGCAUGUAUGCGGAGCGGGGGAUUGUUGCAACGGGGCCAAUUGAUGGGCCCCUUGCUCAACUUGCGCCUCGACGGCGGCCCGGCUCGCUUGCGUAAGGCGGUCGGGUCGGCCUUGCUCACGCUCUUUUUCGCAAAAAACGCGAUUCAUGAUGCGAAAGAGGCACUUUCAUGUGUUCGCCAACAGAAGCCACGAUAUCGUCGUGAUUGCGCCUUGCCUGAUCCUCCUUCUUGCUGGGUUUCAUUUUUUUUCACAUCAUCGCCAUCCUUUGCUUAAAAUUGCGUUUCACCCCACAAAAUAUAUGGUCGCUUGAGUUCUCACCACAAGUAGAUCGUAGAUUUUUCAACGCCCCGCCCACUUCCUACGCCGCUUGACCUGUAGAUGCCAAAAACAUCACACGCCUGCUGAGAAAAAUUCUAACCCUUGGGACGCAAACCUUGAUUUGUGAAAAGAACUCAUCUGUACUCUUCUGUACCCUCAACCAAAUAAGUGUACACGCGACGGCAAGAGAACCCCCCCCCCCCAUCUUCUAGGACCGCCGUGGUGUUGAUGGGCCUCAAAUGGCACCACCUACAAAAUCAAGAUCGUACCGCCGGAGCAGGUGAAAAAAAAAUGUUCAACAACGAGCAGGAGCACGCCGUGUAGAUGUUGGCACCACCCACGUGAGCACGCUCUUGUAGGGAGCAGGCACCACAGCUACACAAGCUCCAUUAUUGUGCUUCGCGCAAACACAACACGAGCAAAAAUCCAAGCGCUCACCCUUCAACCAAAGCCAGCCAGCUCCUUGCACGGCAAACAGCGAGCACGCUCCCUACCGAUCUACCCCACCUCUAGACUAGUAACGUACACGAGAACGCCCGCUUGCACAUACAUGGACGCCUUAGAUCGCCGCCACCCUC